GAAUACCAUCUGCUCCCACCAGCGUGCGUGUCCUCAACAGGACAGCCCACAGGAUCGUGAUAUCCUGGGUGCCGGGCUUUGAUGCAUUCUCUGCCUUGGAGAGCUGCAGCAUCCAGGUGGAGGAAGCUGUUCCACGAAGCAAUGUCUCACUUCUGCUCUUCAACACGUCGGUGCCUCCCCACGUGUAUCACAUCCAGCAGCUGGGGCCCAUGGAGGACUAUAACAUCCGUGUUUCCUGCAGGAAUGAAGUUGGCUGGUCGGCAUUUAGCCCCUGGAUAACCGCCAGCACUACUGAGGGAGCUCCGACCACCCCGCCACUGAAUGUCACGGUGUACUUCAACGCAUCCAGCUCCUCCCUGGAGAUCCGAUGGGUGAAGCCACCUCUGGGGAGGAUCCACGGAGACCUGCAGGGCUAUCGCCUCUGGUACAGCUGGCAGAAGUCCAAGGAGUUGCAGAACGUCUCCGCUGAAGCCUGGCACAACGCCAGCGUGGCUGUCCUGCCUGUGGUGGCCACCAAUGCCACCUGCUCCAUCCGCGUGGCCGCUGUCACCCAGGGGGGAGUGGGACCUUUCAGCAGCCCCGUGGAGGUCUUCAUCCCUGGGAGCGGAUUAAUAACCUCAGCCCCCUCUUCGACUCCAGCCUCUGGGAAUGCUGACUCCUUUAUCGUAGCCCUGGGAUUUAUCUGCGGGACAAUUGCCGUGGGGCUGAUCCUCUGCUUGUCCGUGGUCAUCCAGAAAAGAUGCAUGGAAACAAAAUACGGGUCUGUUUAAAAAAAUGACUCAGAGCUGGCUGUGAACUACACGGCCAAGAAGUCCUACUGCCGGAGAGCCAUCGAACUCACGUUGGGCAGCCUGGGCAUCAGCAGCGAGCUCCAACAGAAGCUGCAGGACGUUGUUGUGGACAGAAACUCCCUCAGCCUGGGAAAGGUCCUGGGAGAAGGGGAGUUCGGAUCAGUGAUGGAGGGACACCUCAGCCAGCCUGAGGGCAUCCCGCAGAAGGUGGCUGUGAAGACCAUGAAGCUGGAUAACUUUUCCCAAAGGGAGAUAGAAGAGUUCCUCAGUGAAGCAGCAUGCAUGAAAGACUUUGACCAUCCCAAUGUCAUCAAGCUCCUAGGCGUGUGCAUCGAGCUGAGCUCCCAGCAGGUCCCCAAGCCCAUGGUGAUCCUCCCGUUCAUGAAAUACGGUGACCUACACAGCUUCCUGCUGCGCUCGCGGCUGGAGGUGGCCUCCCAGUUUGUGCCCCUGCAGACACUGGUGAAGUUCAUGGUUGAUAUCGCCCUGGGGAUGGAGUAUCUGAGCAGUCGGCACUUUCUCCACAGGGAUUUGGCGGCGCGAAACUGCAUGCUGCGGGAUGACAUGACGGUGUGUGUGGCAGACUUCGGCUUGUCCAAGAAGAUCUACAGCGGCGAUUACUACCGUCAGGGCCGAAUCGCCAAAAUGCCGGUGAAGUGGAUUGCCAUCGAGUCCCUGGCUGACCGUGUCUACACCACCAAGAGCGACGUGUGGGCAUUUGGCAUUACCAUGUGGGAGAUAGCGACCCGAGGGAUGACGCCUUACCCAGGGGUGCAGAACCACGAGAUCUACGAGUACCUCUUCCACGGGCAGCGCCUGAAAAAGCCCGAGGGCUGCUUGGAUGAGCUGUAUGAAAUCAUGUCCUCGUGCUGGAGAGCCGACCCCGCCGCCC